AUGAGAUUCUCACUAGAAAUGACCUUUGGCCUUUUGGCACUAUCAAGCGUCGAGGCGUUCGUUGUUCCCCCUCGCUCUCUCUGGGCCUCAACCAUCGCUACCCGCGACUACCGUUCCAGUCCUGUGAGACGUGACGCAGGCUUCUCAAGUCUUGACAUACCGGUAGAGCCAGAGACUCGUCGCCGGGUAGCCCGUGCCCUCACUAUUGGAGGUCUGACACUUGGCGGAGAGGGUGGAGGCAUCAGUGGUGGCGGUCUGAAGCUCGGCGGCGGCGGUGCCAAAGGAAAUGGUACAGCGACAGCUGCUGCUGCGGCAUCCAUGACCACGGGUACUGGAAAGAAGCCCGCCAAGGCGAAGCCUGAAGCAGCAGCAGGAAACGGCGGCGCCGGCACUGAGAACCAACCCGGACGCGCGGAGGGCGAGGCAGCCAAAGCAAAGGCUGAGAAAGAAGCCGCAGCGGCAAAGGAAGAGGCGGCCAAAGCAGAGGCGGCGGCAGCAAAGGAAGAGGCAGCAGCAGCAAAGGGUGAAGCAGCAAUGGGCGAGGCAGCAAAGGGCGAGGCAGCAAAGGGUGAGGCAGCAAAGGGUGAGGCAGCGGCAGCAGAGGGUGAGGCAGCAAAGGGUGAAGCAGCAAAGGGUGAGGCAGCAAAGGGUGAAGCAGCAAAGGGUGAGGCAGCGGCAGCAGAGGGUGAGGCAGCAGCAGCAAAGGGCGAGGCAGCAAAGGGCGAGGCAGCAAAGGCUGAGGCAGCAACAGGCGAGGCCGCAAAGGCUGAGGCAGAAAAGUCAAACGGUGUCAAGGCUACUGAGGAGUCUGAGAAGUUUUCCGAAGAGUCUGGAAUCACCCUCGACAAAGCUGGUCAGGCGGCAAACCUAGGAGGCAACUUGGGUAUCACCAAGGGCUCCGAUGGUAGUUCGUCAGUCGGUGGAAGCAACGGCAUCAACGUGGCUGUAAGGUGA